UGCAUCUUGUUCAUCAUCAUUCAUAGUUUGCAAUGGUUUUCAAUGGGAAAGUUUACAAUUCCUGUAAACCUUUACAAGCCAGGAGGUGGUCAGCAACCCCGCCAUCUCAGCGCAUUCAGUUCUUGCUUGGAGAAGAUGAUGAAGAUGAAGAACAUCGGGCACAUGAUAUGUUCUGUGAAAUGGCAGAACUCCACUAUGUGGAUGGAGAAUCCGAAUGGAAAGAAAGUGCCAGAUGGAUUAAAUUUGAAGAAGAUGUGGAAGAAGGUGGCGACCGAUGGUCCAAACCUCACGUUGCAACAUUAUCCCUACAUUCAAUUUUUGAACUGCGCUGUUGUAUUAUGAGUGGUACAUGUAUGUUGGACAUGGAUACUUCUAACAUGCAGCAAAUGUCAGACCUGAUCUUAGAUACCAUGAUGGCUAAUAAACAACUUGCUGAAGAAAAUAGAGAGAAAGUGAAAGAAACACUACUCAGUCGUCAUCGGCAUCAACAUGAAAAACGUUAUCGCAAACCCGAAGAAUCAGGGAGUAAACUCCAUCUUCCAAUCAUCAGAUCUUUGGCUGACAUUGGCAAAAAAUAUUCAGAACCCAAAAAUUUGGGCCAACAUGACACUAAGCUUGGUACAAAAAGUACUCCAAAUUUAGGACUGGUUCGGAAUAAUACCUCUGCUGGCAUUUCAGGGACAUCACCAACCAGUAGUACUCUGCAGCCAAGUCCGUCAUUCUCCAAUAGUGAUCUCCCCGAAGUUCCUUCAUCCCACAAGAUUAAUAUGCAUUUCAUGAAGAAGAUUCCUCAAGGUGCAGAGUCUGCUAACAUUUUGGUUGGAGAAGUAGAUUACCUAAAUCAUCAGGUGUCAGGGUUUAUACGUCUCAACAAGGCUAUUAUUCUGGGAGAUUUGACUGAAGUUCCUGUACCAACAAAAUUUGUCUUUUUCUUGCUGGGCCCCUUAGGAAAUAGCAACAAAUACCAUGAAAUUGGACGUUCUAUCGCUACACUCAUGUCAGAUGAGGAAGCACGAAAAACUCCAGGAUCUUCCGCUCAUCUUCCCAAUGGAAAAGCUGUCGUUGAGGAAGAAGAGGAUGAACAUGAUGAUGAAACUUUGAUAAGAACUGGACGUCUGUUUGGUGGAUUGAUAUCUGAUGUGAAAAGAAAGGCCCCAUUUUAUCUAAGUGACUUCACUGAUGCCCUUCAUGUACAGUCAUUUGCCUCAUUUGUUUUCCUCUAUUUUGCUUGUCUCACACCAAUCAUUACUUUUGGUGGUUUACUUGGAGAUGCAACAGGAGAAAAUAUGGCAGCCUUUGAGAGUAUUCUUGCCGGUGCCAUCUGUGGAAUUGUGUAUGCCUUGAUUUCUGGUCAACCUUUGACUAUUUUGGGAAGUACAGGUCCUGUUCUGGUAUUUGAAACUAUCCUGUAUAAUUUUUGUUCGGAGCAACGCUUUGACUAUCUGGCAUUCCGGCUGUGGAUUGGUUUAUGGACUGGUUUGGUCCUCUUUGUUAUAGUUGCGUUGGAUCUCAGUGCAUUAGUACGCUACAUCACACGUUUCACUGAAGAGAGCUUUGCUGCUCUUAUUUCAUUGAUUUUCAUUGUGGAAGCUCUGGCAAAGCUGUACCACAUCAAAGAUAACUACCCUAUAGAAACACUGCACUCCAUUACUCCUUUUCUCAACUGCACUUGUGUUGAAUCCAACAAAACUGUACCUGAAAUCUCUAUAAACACUACCUCACUAAAUUGGACUGAUAUUGAAUGGGAUAAAUGUAAAAAGUAUGGAGGUGUUCUAAUAGGGCUGGGCUGUGAUUUCAAGCCAUACGUACCAGAUGUAUUUUUCUUGUCUACUAUCUUGUUCUUUGGUACAUUUACUAUAUCUAUGGCUUUGAAAGCUUCAAGAAACAGCAGUUUUUUUCCCUCUUCAGUUCGGGCAAUUAUAAGUGACUUUGCUGUUAUCAUUGCAAUUAUUUCCAUGGUUUUGUUAGAUGCUCUCAUCGAUUUAGAUACUCCUAAACUUAAAGUGCCUACUGAAUUUAAGCCUACCCUAUCAACCCGUGGAUGGGUGGUGAAUCCUUUCAAGAACCCCUGGUGGACAAUACUUGCUGCCAUUAUCCCUGCCAUGCUAUGCACCAUUCUUAUCUUUAUGGAUCAGCAGAUUACUACUGUCAUUGUAAAUAGAAAAGAAAACAAACUGAAAAAAGGCCAUGGUUACCAUUUAGAUCUCUUUGUAAUUGCUACCCUCAUUAUAGUCUGUUCCUUCCUUGGCCUGCCAUGGUUCGUGGCAGCCACUGUCCUCUCCAUUACACAUGUCAUGAGUUUGAAAAAAGAAUCUCAGUGUACAGCUCCUGGUGAAAGUCCAAAAUUUCUUGGUGUUCGGGAACAACGAGUAACUGGUGUCCUUGUAUUUCUUAUGAUUGGCAUCUCGGUUACACUAACUCGUGUACUGAUGAAAAUCCCUAUGCCAGUAUUAUAUGGCGUCUUCUUGUACAUGGGUGUCUCAUCGCUUCGUGGAAUGCAGCUCGUCUGUCGUAUAAUGAUUAUCUUCAUGCCUGCUAAAUACCAACCUGAUUAUAUGUAUCUUCGACAUGUGAGAGCUUCACGUGUUCACUUAUUUACAUUAAUCCAACUCAUCUGUUUGGGAAUUCUCUGGGUAAUAAAGACAAUUAAGAAAAUCUCAAUCGCCUUUCCUCUCAUGGUUUUAGCCAUGUGCUUCGUACGUAAAGGAAUGGACUACAUCUUCACCCAGAGGGAGUUGAAGUGGUUAGAUGAUAUCAUGCCAGAAGCUCACAAGAGAGCCAAAGAAGACGCUGAAAAACAAAUGCAAGAAGAGGAGAUGAAGUUGAUGGAGGGUGAUCCAAAUACUGAUAUGCAAAUUGACAGAAUCACUAUUAGCUCUGAGUUAGAUACUGUGAAUAUCUCUCAAGAAAUGUCCAAAACCUCCAUAUGGAAGACUAUUGUGGCUUCAGACCAAUCUAAUCAACCGCAGCAGGAGCAAGAAAAAUCCCAUAAAUCAGGAGAUAACAGUAAAAAAAAGACUAAAAAGCAUGGAAAGAAAUGUAGUCCAACCACUCGAUCUCUGGAUAUCUGA